AAUACGAAUCCCAUGACUACCACAUAAUUCGAAUAAAUAAUUUAUAAACAAAAAAUAAAAACGAUUUAUAAUAAAUUACUUACCCCCACUACUAAAUUAUUUCUCAAUCGAGGUGGCAGUAGUAGUCAGGCGGCCAGACCAUCAGUAAUUUCUGGGUUUGACGAGUUCCCUGCUAUUGGUAUUCAAAUAAAAUAUUUUAAAAACUCAAAUUUUGGUUUUUAAUCAUGAAUAAAACAAUCGGAAGUCGUCAAGCACUUCAGGAGCAUGUCCUUGCUGUUUCCAGAGAUUUUAUAUCCCAGCCGAGGUUGACUUACAAGACAGUGUCUGGUGUGAACGGUCCGCUGGUAAUUUUAGACGAAGUAAAGUUUCCUAAAUUCGCUGAAAUUGUCCAGCUGAGACUUGCUGAUGGGUCAAUACGGUCAGGACAAGUCCUUGAGGUGUCUGGAUCAAAAGCUGUCGUUCAAGUGUUCGAGGGAACAUCUGGUAUUGAUGCUAAAAAUACUCUCUGUGAGUUCACCGGAGAUAUUUUGAGAACUCCGGUAUCUGAAGAUAUGCUUGGACGUGUUUUCAAUGGAUCUGGUAAACCGAUUGAUAAAGGACCACCAAUUCUCGCUGAAGACUUUUUGGACAUUCAGGGACAGCCAAUUAAUCCGUGGUCACGUAUUUAUCCUGAAGAAAUGAUUCAAACUGGUAUCUCAGCUAUUGACGUUAUGAAUUCAAUUGCCAGAGGACAGAAAAUUCCCAUUUUUUCAGCAGCUGGUCUUCCUCACAAUGAAAUUGCUGCCCAAAUUUGUCGUCAGGCUGGUUUAGUUAAAAUUCCCGGCAAGUCAGUAUUAGACUCUCACGAAGACAACUUUGCUAUCGUAUUCGCAGCUAUGGGAGUUAACAUGGAAACAGCUCGUUUCUUCAAGCAAGACUUUGAAGAGAACGGUUCUAUGGAGAACGUUUGUCUGUUCUUGAACUUAGCUAACGACCCAACAAUCGAACGUAUCAUCACACCCCGUCUUGCUCUAACAGCUGCUGAAUUUUUGGCUUAUCAAUGCGAAAAGCACGUGCUGGUUAUUUUAACUGACAUGUCAUCAUACGCAGAAGCUCUUCGUGAAGUAUCUGCUGCUCGUGAAGAAGUACCCGGACGACGUGGUUUCCCCGGUUACAUGUACACCGAUUUAGCGACAAUUUACGAGCGUGCUGGACGUGUUGAGGGCCGUAAUGGAUCCAUUACUCAAAUUCCAAUUCUUACUAUGCCUAACGAUGAUAUUACCCAUCCAAUUCCUGAUCUUACUGGAUAUAUUACCGAAGGACAAAUUUAUGUCGAUCGUCAGUUACACAACAGACAAAUUUACCCACCUGUCAAUGUGUUGCCUUCAUUGUCACGUCUUAUGAAGUCUGCUAUUGGUGAAGGAAUGACCCGUAAAGAUCAUUCUGAUGUUUCCAAUCAAUUGUAUGCCUGUUAUGCUAUUGGUAAAGAUGUGCAAGCUAUGAAAGCUGUCGUAGGAGAAGAAGCUCUUACUCCUGAUGAUCUUCUGUAUCUUGAAUUCCUCUCGAAAUUCGAAAAGAAUUUCAUUUCUCAAGGAAAUUACGAAAAUCGAACGGUCUUCGAGUCACUGGAUAUUGGCUGGCAAUUGUUACGUAUCUUCCCCAAGGAAAUGCUCAAACGUAUUCCAGCCAGUACUCUUGCUGAGUUCUACCCACGAGACUCACGUCAUUAAUUUAAUAAAUAUAAUAAAAAUAUAAUUAUCAUUUAGACUAUAAAUGUAUUUACGGUGAUUCAUGUCUAUUAAAGUUUGCGUUUUUAUUUCUUUAAUAAUUUAAAAAGCUUUUAGAGAUCAAUAUAAUUCGAAAAUUUUAAAUUAAUGAUCCUGAAGUUCAUUUAAAAAUUUUUGGAUUUUUUUUCUAACAUCAAUUUAAAAAAAAAAAAUGCACAUGUAGAAAAUUGAAAAAUCUAUAAGUGCAAUUUUUUCAAUUUUUUUUUUUAUGAUUUGUUUUAAAAAAAAUUCAUAAGUUCUUAAACGCUAACUUCAGUAUCAAAAAUUAAAUGACAUAACGUUGAUUGAAUCAUCGAGCAUUAGUCCUGUACAGUUUAAUUAUUGUAUUAUCACAGGAGAGUGUUGGUCUUAUCUAGACAAUACAAAAUAUGAAAUAUUUAAGUUCUUCAUUAAUAUAAAUAUCAUUUAAAAAUUAUAAUGAUGAUAAUUAACGAGUUUUUAAAAAAAAAAAUUUUAUCGUUGCUAGAUUCUGGAAAUUUAUUCAUUGUAAAUUGUAAUAUAAUAUAUAUUGUUCAGUAUUAUCAUAAGGAUAAAAAAGCAUUACGCUCCUUUCAAACUAGUGCAUCCUACAUUCCAACAUAAAUUAUAUUCAUUUAAUUUGAUUAUUAAUUUGCAGUUUAUUAUAAAUCAAGUUAUAAGUAACUCAUAUUAAACUAUAAAUUUAACAGUGUAAAAAAAGUUAAUUAAUUAAAUUUUUAUGUGUUAUAUGCACAAAUAUAUAAGGGAGCUCGUGUAUCCUCUUGAUAAUGCUUUCCUGCGAAGAUAAAUUAUAAGGGAAGCUAUUAGAAUAAUUGUUUUCUUCGUUAUUAUUAAAAGUAUAAAUAAAUAUAUAUACAUUUAAUUAUAUAUUAUAUUGAGUAUUCAAAAUAAUAUUAAUGUAAUAUAUCUGUAAAAAAAUAUAUUGCUAAACUGUA